AUGUGUCGCUUGCUUUUCUUUAUGAUCGCACUCUUGCUAUUUACAAACUUAGUUGAAGCUUCCAAUCAACCAAAACGAGGAUUAACGAUACAACUCCACCAAGCCAUUGAGCAACGAAAUUCAAGGGAAGUGGCAAAGCUUUUAAGAGAAGGAGCAGAUUUUACGGAAUACGUCCAAUACACGUUUCUCAGACAAAAUAGUUUUGAUGUAGCACGUUACUAUCAUUUUGAAGAUGAAUAUAAUAACAUUGUAAAGAAUUGGUUGACUGAAGUUGCAAGCACGUCAAAGAACGGAAGUCAUGCUUCAUCAUCUUUCAGCAACUUGUCGUUACAACUUGUUUUAUUAUUCAUUUUUCUCAUUGUUCUCUGCAUUUCAAUCUGUAUUGCAGUGGGUUGCCUCAAAAUCCUCAGAACCUAUUGGACUCCAAGAGAAGUAAAUUCUUCAUCACUUUCAACACAACCACAGGAUGCUACAAUCGAAAUCAACAACUCUCGUAAUUUACACUCUCAGAGCUCAUCAAUAACGCCCUCCAAUGAAAGUUUAGAUGAAGAUCACACUCUAUGUUGCAUUUGUUUCGAAAGGAAGAAAGAUACAGCCUUAGAAUGUGGACACGUGUUUUGUGCGUAUUGUGCCAACAAAUGCACCACCUACUGUUUUACUUGUAGAAAAAGAAACUCUGGCAGGACAAUCAAAAUAUAUUAUUGA